CCGCCAUCUGUCCCACUCGAACUUAGCGGGACGAUACCCAGUUCGCCGCUGUCUCGCAUGCCCGCGCCGCCCUGUCCGUACAGUGGCCUCUCGAACGCGUCGCGCAUCCUCGUUGCCGAUGCGUACUGCGGCGCCGGGCAGGCCAUGUGUCUUGUGAGUCCGGCGUGCGCGCUCGUCAACAGCUCGGCGCUCGACGACCGCCAGCGCACGGCCACCGGCAUCGACGCGAUCGGCAACAUGACGCUGUACCCGUUCGAUGCGCUGUACAUUCUCAACACCUCGUCGCCGCUCAACACGACGUACAUGCGCCUGCCCGACGCGUUGGGCACGCUGUGGCUAAGCAGCGCAGGCCUCAAGACGAUCCCAGCGCCGCUGCCGUCCGAGCUCCUCUCGCUCGCGCUACCCGACAACGAGCUCACGCAGCUCGAGAACCUCCCGACGGGCCUGAUGGCACUAGACGUCUCGUACAACGACAUUGAAGCCAUCCAGAACCAAGAUUGGACAUCGAUCAAGUACAUCGAUCUCAGCGGCAACCGGCUCGUCUCCUUCAACUACGUCAACCUCUCCAAGCCGCUCGUCUACUUUGGCGUUGACGGCUGCAGUUUAAACUCAUUCGUGGCACCUGCAGCGACGUUUGACGCCUUAAACGCACUUUCCAUCGCCGCCAAUGCGACCGCAGCCAAAGGACUCUUCGCCACGACCCUUCCGCGCGUCGAUGCUGGUAGUCGCUGGGCCUGCGACAGCAUCGGUGGCCGCAUGCGCAACCUCACGGCGAAUGUCUCGAUCCCCGUCUGCAUCACAGAUUUACCCGACGAGCCCGCCGUCACAGGCAGCUAUGCACUCGGACUCGGUCUCGGUCUUGGGGCCGCCGCGCUCGUUCUUCUUGCAGCUCUCUUUUGGUGGUGUCGCAAGCGGCGGCGAGAGCGACGGACCCCCGCCGCCGAGGCAGACCCGAAGCCGACGCAAGUGUUUUACAUUCUCAACAAAACGGUGGUCCGCCGACCGUCGUCCUCGUCGAUGUCGGCUCUCUCGAUGGACGAGCGAGGCGUUGACUUGGACGUUGCCCUGUUAACUCCAUUCAAGAUCGCGUCGAGCGCGUAUGCUGUCAUCGGAGACGCACCGAUGGCCACCGGCAGCGACGUGGACGUCUGGCGUGGCCACUAUCAAGGAGAGACCGUCGUCAUCAAGCGUCUUCGCGAUCGCAGUCCCAAAACCGUCUACCGCUUUGUCCACGAGCUACAGUUGCUGACGCAAGUCCAAGACAGCUACUACGUGGUGCGCCUCUAUGGCGUGAGCUGGUGCCGGCCCAUCGACAUGGAGUGCGUCAUUGAGUACAUGGACCAAGGCGAUCUGCAGCUCGUCUUGAUGACGCAGCCGCGUCUUGCGUGGACCCACAAGACGCAAUAUCUUGUGCAUGUCGCAAGGGGCUUGCUCAGUCUCCAUGAAAAAGACAUUAUCCACCGGGAUCUGCAAGCGCGGCACGUCCUGCUCGACGCGACCCGGGGCGCCAAGCUCACGAAUUUUGGCUGCUCGCGCCAAGUCGACGCGUCCACACUCACGAACGGCAUUGGCACGUACCAGUGGAUGGCGCCCGAGGUCAUUCUGAGCACCGACUACAGCGUCUCGGCCGACAUGUACUCGUUUGGUGUCUUUUUGACCGAAUUAUCGACGCACGCGGUGCCGUACGCUGACCUCAUCGACCCAAGCACACACCGCCCCUACUCGCAGCAGUACAUUAUGACGCAAGUGACGCUUGGCGCGCUCCGCCCACGCCUGCGCUCGGACACGACGCCGUCAUGGGUCCUUGAAGUGGCGCAGCGCUGCAUGGCGUUCGAACCCUCCGAGCGCCCGACGACGCUGGAGCUCUGCACACUGUUAGAGCAGUAUCUGUAAUCACGCAACCACAUCUUGUGGCGUUACCAAACGCAUUCUCACUGUGUGUUUUGCACAACCUUUCCAAA